AUGUCGGCGAUCCCCGCGACGUUCAAGGCCUACCAGUACGAAAGCUUCGGACAAGAUCCGCUCAAGGAGAUCAAGCUCAACCCCAAGGCCGAACAGAAGCCGCUUCGUCCUGGCGAGGUGCGCGUCAAGGUCUUCAGCGCCGCCUUGAACCCGAUCGACUACAAGAUGAUCGCAUACGGCCCCGCUCUCGUGUCCACGCGCCCGACGCCCGAGAACCCGUUCCGUCUGGGCUUCGAUCUGGCCGGCAAGGUCGUGGAGCUCGGCGACGACGUCAAGGACUACGUCGUCGGCGACGAGGUGUACGCCAUGCCGUGGCUUGACGCGAUCAGCAGCUUCGGAGAGUAUAUCAACGUGGACACCAAGUUCCUGGCGCACAAGCCAACCAACAUGUCGUGGAACGAGGCUGCGGGCGCCAUUCAUACGUACGGCAAGCUGCAAAAGGGCCAGCGCGUGCUCAUCGUCGGCGGCAGCAGUGGCACGGGCUCGUUUGCCAUCCAAAUCGCAAAGGUUGUUGGCGCGGAGGUGAUCGCUACGUGCAGUGAGCGCAACGUGGAGCUGGUGAAGUCGCUCGAUGCCGACCGUGUCAUCGACUACACCAAGGAGAAGUGGAGCGAGGUGCUGGAGGCGCAUUCUGUUGACCUCAUCUACGACUGCGACUUCGAGGCCGGCUCGUGGAACGUCGAGGCUCAGAAAGUAUUGAAAGAGCAGACCGGCAUCUUCGUGACCAUCGGCGUGAUCGACAAGCCCGUGGACUCGCCCAUUGGGGCUACGCAGCACCAGAUCUUCAACGCGCCCUGCGCUGCGUUCUUGCUGGAGCUGAAGGAAUUGGCCGAGGCGGGCCAGCUCAAGACCAUCAUCGACUCGGUGCAUCCGCUGGAAAACGUCAUAAUCUGUUUAUCCCACCGGGCGAAGGGCAAGAUCAUCAUUGAGGUGGCCAAGGAGUAA